AUGGUAGAGACAGGUCUUCCAGCAGGAUGGGAGGUCCGCCAUUCCAACUCCAAGAACCUUCCUUACUAUUUCAACUCCUCGACUAAGGAGUCUCGCUGGGAGCCGCCCGCGGGAACAGACACAGAAACACUCAAGGUUUACAUGGCAAAUUACCAUAGCGGCCCAGCAGGUCGGCCUGAUGGCCUAGGCAACGGCGAGGGAAAAAUACGCUGCAGCCACCUCCUGAUUAAGCACAGAGACAGCCGACGACCCAGCAGUUGGCGAGAGGCCGAAAUCACCCGGUCAAAGGAGGAGGCCAUCGAGACCCUCCGUGGCCAUGAGGAGCGUAUCAAAUCGGGUGAAACUACCUUGGGAGAUAUCGCAAUGUCCGAAUCGGAUUGUAGUAGUGCUCGAAAAAGGGGUGAUCUUGGUUUCUUCGGGCGAGGUGAGAUGCAGAAGGAAUUCGAAGACGCGGCUUUUGCUCUGCAGCCAGGUCAGGUCAGUGGUAUUGUAGAGACGGCGUCUGGUGUUCAUCUAAUUGAACGACAUCGCUACAAAGCCAUGUGUCCCAGCACCGACACAUCCAUCGCCUAUCUCCAUUCCAAGUCUGUCCAGCGUCUCCUCGACUGGCCCUCGAACUACGUCGCCAACAGCCCAACACUUGCUCCUCCUGCCAAGAUUCCAGCAGAAGUCCUCUCUUUCACGGUUGAUCAGCGCGCCUACAACGCAUAUACGCGGCAGUUCAAGACCGCUGUCGAUACCUACCUUCAGGGAGACUAUCAGCUGUUCCUAGACUCAAAGGUUGGAAUGGAGAACUUGAUCGCCAAGUCCAAUAUCGGGCACAUGGAACAUCGUAUGUGGGAAUAUUUCUGGUAUAGGGUCUUCAUUCCUGAGAACGCGAAAUGGGAGGCUCAUCUUAGGGACCUCGCCCUGCCGUCUUGGGAAAGUAUCGUGAGCGAGAUGUAUAAGGCGAUUGUACAACGCGUUGAGGGUGCCGAUAGAUUGACUAGAAAGCUCUGUGCUGGUAGAAAAACGUCGGGCUUGCAUUGGGACGAUAAGUCUGGUCAUAAUCUGAUGGCUGAGUUGGAGUACCAGGAAAAGAAUGGUGGUGUGAGUACGACCAACUUGUAUUCCGCGUCGUCCAAAUCACAGGAGGUGGUGGCAUCGGGUCCUGGUUCUGGUUCGAAGAAGCCAGAGAAAGAAACGUCCGAACCUGAUAAAUGGGAGCAGGAGAUUCCUGUGAUGCUGGAGAUCAAGUAUACCGUGCAGAGGAUUAUUGACCCAAUUAACCUGGACGUCGUUCGCGACGAGAGACGCCAGCGUAGAAUGCAGGAGUUGCGCCAGUUAUUGAGAGAAGAGGGAUUGAAGAUUACCUUUGAGCACAAUGGUUUACUGGUCGUUUCUAGGAUCAUUGGGGAUCGACUCCAAGACAAGGUUGACUACGUUCUAGCCGAGACGUAA